ACGGACAGGGGCGACGGGGACAUGGAGCCUGCGGGGCCGGAGCCCUCCCUGUACACGGUGAAGGCUCUGCUCGUCCUGGACAGCCUCGGGCAGCGCCUCCUGGCCAAGUACUAUGACAGCACCUUCCCCACGGCCAAGGAGCAGUCGGCCUUCGAGAGGAGCAUCUUCAGGCAGAGCCAGCGGGGAGGCGGUGAAGUGGCGACUCUGCAGGGGCUCACCGUGGUGUGCAGGAGCAGCGGAGACCUCUGCUUCUACGUGGUGGGGGGCGGAGAGGAGAAUGAGCUGAUGCUGUUGUCCGUGCUCACCUGCCUCCUCGACGCCCUCGGCCACCUCCUGCAGAAGGAGGUGGAGAAGCGCCGGCUGCUGGCUAACAUGGAGGGGACGUUCCUGGUGGUGGAUGAGAUCGUGGACAGGGGGGUGAUCCUGGAGAGUGACCCACAGCAAGUGAUCCAGCGCCUGAGCCUGCGGGUCCCAGAGCCAGCACCCUACGGCUUCGUCCUCUUUGACUACCUGUCAGGCAGCUCAGAGCAGAAGGGCUCAGGGAACAGCCACAAAUGAGCAGCACUGAGGAGGUUGGUGCCUGAGCAGAGCGUGCCCCAGGGUCUCGAUCCUGCAGCUGCUCAAGGAGAACAUGGUGCCGUCCCUAUGGACAUGACAGCUUCCCUUGGAGCGGCUCUUUGGAAAGGGGGGAUCCCAGUGUCGGGCAGCAGG